CAUGGCUUCCAGUCUCGCGAGUUCGUGUGUCGCUCGGCUGCCGAUUGUGGUCGUCCUGGGAGCUACAGGGACGGGGAAAUCGAAGCUGGCGUUGGAAAUAGCCAGCCGAUUUCAAGGAGAGAUCAUCAGCGCGGAUUCCAUGCAGGUGUACAAAGGCCUGGACAUUGUGACAAAUAAAGUAACGGCAGAAGAGCAGGCACAGGUGCGACACCACCUCUUGGAUUUUGUGGACCCCUUGUCUCGGUACACUGUCGUUGACUUCCGAAAUGCUGCCCUUCCUGUUCUGGAGAAUCUCCUCUCACUGGACAAGAUGCCGGUCAUAGUGGGCGGCACAAAUUACUACAUCGAGUCGCUCUUGUGGAAUGUACUCGUGGAUAGUCUGCCGGCAAGCGAGGAGGAUAGCUCGGCUCCCAAAAAGUUGGUCUAUGAUCGGGAUAAGGAGUUUUACGUGCAGUCGUCCAAGCGAAAUGCCAGUGGCUCAAAAGAUGGUGAUGAGAGUGCCUGGAAAAAGAGCAAGUUAAAUAGUGAUGCCAUUCUCGGCAGUGAGUGCAGUGGUGGUGAUAGUGGUGAUGGCAGUGGUGAUUGCUGUGGUUCCGAUGGUGUGGAAAGUGUUGAUAACAAUAAUUCCAUUGGUAGUGCUAAGAAAAGUGGUGAUGUGCAAUGUGAAGGAAGCACCAAGGAAAAUCAGCUGAUUAGUGGAGAGGAAAAGCCCUUGGGAAAGGAGAAAUGUGGUGAUCAUAGUGAGGAUGAAAGAGAAAGAGGAAAAGAUGAGGGUGUCGAUAGUGCAAAGUGUGCAGUGUGGCAAGAUACAGAGAUCCCAACAGAGGAGUUAUAUCAAAGGUUGCAAAAGAUUGACCCGGACGCAGCCGCCCAGUAUCAUCCCAACAACCGCAGGAAAAUAAUAAGAUCUCUCCAGGUGUGGGAGCAGACGGGGAAGCGGCACAGCGAGGUCCUCCGAGAGCAGCAGGGGCAGGAGGGCGGGUCCAGGCUCGGGGGCGCCCUCCGGUACCCUAGCACCGUCAUCCUGUGGGUCACGUGCAACCAGGACGUCCUGGACCAGCGACUAGACAGACGUGUGGACGACAUGAUAGAACGCGGCCUCCUGCAAGAGCUCAAGGACUUCCACGCUGAUUACAACAGGCAGCGGCUGAAGGAGGGGCAGCCGGCCGACUACACCAAGGGCAUUUUCCAGAGCAUUGGCUUCAAGGAGUUCCACCAGUAUCUCGUGCUGCCGGAGGAGGAGCAACAGGCCGAGGCUGGCAAGAAGCUGUAUGAAGCCGGGAUUGCAGCGCUGAAGCAGGUCACAAGACGGUAUUCAAGGAAGCAACUGAAAUGGAUCAAGAACCGGUUCCUUCUCCCAGCUGACCGUCAGGUAUGA